AUGUCAUCACAAAAGAAAUCCAGUACAGCACAACAGUCAAAUGUAGCACCUGUAGUGCACAAAGUCAUAAUGGUCGGAACAGGUGGUGUCGGAAAGUCUGCUUUGACACUUCAGUUCAUGUAUGAUGAGUUUGUUGAAGAAUACGAACCGACUAAAGCUGAUUCGUAUAGGAAGAAAGUGGUAUUGGAUGGAGAAGAAUGUUCGAUUGAUAUCCUUGAUACAGCUGGUCAAGAAGACUACUCUGCAAUCAGAGACAACUAUUAUCGAAGCGGCGAAGGCUUCAUCUGUGUUUUCUCUAUACUUGAUAUGGAUUCAUUCGAUGCUACUACAGAGUUCAGAGAGCAGAUUCUUCGUGUGAAGAACUCAGACAAUUCGAUUCCCAUCGUUCUUGUUGGCAACAAAGCAGAUCUUCGUGAUGAACGAGUUGUACCAUUAGAGAUGGCACGACAAAGAGCUGAACGAUGGGGUGUUCCUUAUGUGGAGACAUCUGCUAAAAGAAGAGAGAACGUGGACAAGGUGUUCUACGACUUAAUGCGUGAAAUCAAACGGCGGAAAGGUGGUGCGAUGGGUGCUUCCGCUGCAGGCCUUGAUCCUUCGCAAACAGGAGGCAAAAAGAAGGGAGGUAUCAAGAAACUCUGCAACAUUUUAUGA